UCCUAUAUUGAUCCUGACACCAACUCUGUUGUUUUUCAGUGCCAUGAUGGGACUGUCAAUUAUUUUAAUCCCUACAUACUUGUAUUCUGUCGUCACAACCAUGAUCUCAAGUGCAUCCUGUCCAGCAAAGCUGCAAUGUUCUACAUCUCUGACUAUAUUACAAAAAUGGGCACUAAGACAUAUGAGAUGCUGUCAUUGCUCUCACAUGCAGUUGCUCAUCUACCUGAUAAUCUGACAGAGAAUGGUGUUAAAGGUGGGGCCAAGAUGCUGCUCCAUAAAUAUUUGUUGCAGUUCAAUCGUCAACAGCAAAUUCAUGUGCAACAAGUGGCACAUUAUGUCCGGGGCCUUGGAGAUGGUAUUCCUUCACAU